UCCAAAACGAGUUGAUCAACACUAAAUUAGCCGUUUUCGCAGUCGAACAUCUAAAAUCUGAGGAAAACUAUGCCAGAGAGAUAGUAAUAUCUGAAAAAUCAGUGAAAAUUGAAAAGAUUGAAAUGCUGCUGAUGGACGCAUUGUUCAACAGCCUGUUGGUGGUCAGUUCCGGCUAUGCGAUGUACACCCUCCAGCCCCUGGAAACGCCCUACGGUUAUGCAACGGCGGCCUUGAGCCUGGUCCAUGGCCUCUUGGGGGUGGUGCGGGCGGCGAGCAACGACGAUGAUGAGUGCAAUCGGGUGCGAUUGAUAACGUCGGGGAUCAUGGAGAUAGUACCGCUGCCGCUGACCAAUAUCGAGCUGUAUCUGAAGUCGAGUAAUCCCAGCUUGGCCCUGGCCCAUGGCACUUUUGUGGUGCCACUGGUGUACGAUUUGAUGGCCAAGAUGGGUGACAAUGAGGACACGUCCACGGAGACCCUCAAGGAACUCACUCUGCUGGGCAACGUGGUAUCCCUACUCUUUCUGGGCGUCAAUCAGUCCAGCAAUCUUUACGGCGGCAUGGCGGCCAUCGCCUUUGGAGCCCGCUACGGAUCCGUAAUCCUCGACUAUUAUUGGGAGGGUCUUGGGGUCGAUUUCACCCUGCUGGCCCACUCCAUGUUCGUCGUCCUGAUGACCAUGACCCUGUCGGCCAAAUUAUGAGGGAUCGACGAGGAUAACCCCAAGCCAUCCAAAAUCCAAGGCCAGCGGUUCGGUUCGUUGGCUCCCAGCUCAAUAAACUUGCAAUUAAUGUUGGCAAAUUAAAAUGCAAAAAUAAACAUUAAUUGUUUUGUCACACUCGCAGCACGACCAAAAAAAAAGAAGAGUUAAGU